UAACGACUUUAAUAUAUCUGAAGGAACCAUUAUAUUUCCCGCUGGAAAAGCCGUUCCAUUUCGCAACCAUCCUCCGCCCUCCGCUCUUUGCGACGGCCGCUGAUCUCGAGAACCCCAACCCUCCCAUGCCCGAAAUUCUAGGUCCCAAUACCAAAACCCUAGGCUAAUCCCUAUCGAUCCCUCCCCCUAUGGCUCUCCGAUUCGGGGACUCGGUGCUGGAUUUCUCCAGGCGACGCCGGCGGUGGUUCCUCCUCCUCGCCGCCGCCGGAAUCUCGAGCUACGGCGCCUAUCGAGUCUACCACCUCCCGUCCGUCUCCAGGAAGCGCCAGAAGCUCGCCAGUAUCCUCAGAGCCCUGAUCUCCGUCGCCGCGGCGGCGUCCUCCGCUGCCGAGACCGUCAAUCUCGUCUCCGCCGACUUGAACCUGUUUCUUCGGUCCGAUUCCGACGGGAUCCCCACCAGCUUGAGGCAAAUCUCCAAGAUCGCCAGGUCGGAGGAGUUCUCCGGCUCGAUUUCUCGGGUUUCCGAGGCGCUCACCGUCGGGAUUAUCCGAGGGUUCGCGAAGGCUGAGAGCACUGAAUUGGAGCCGCGGAGAAGCUCUUCUACCUUCUCCAAUCGCCUUCUCGAUAAGCUCUUGUCCAACGCCGGAUCCGGCUUCGCCUCCGUGGUGGUCGGGAGCUUCGCGAGGAACCUGGUGCUUGGAUUCUACUCCAAGGAGUCCGCCGGCGAAUUGGGGAAUCGGACGGCUGGGGUUUCAGGGUUGGAUUCGGAGUCGCCGGCGGUGCCGGAGUGGGUCCAGUUGAUUUGCGGCGACAAGUGCCGGGAGCUGAUUGCCGAUUGUAUUCAGCUGUUUGCGAGCACGGUGGUGACGGUGUACCUUGAGAAGACGAUGGCGAUCAAUGCCUACGAUGAGAUCUUCUCCGCCCUCACCAAUCCGAAGCAUGAGGCCAAGGUGAAGGAUGUCUUGGUCUCUGUUUGCAAUGGCGCCGUGGAAUCUCUAGUCAAGACUUCGCAUCAGGUGAUGACCACCUCGAGCUCGAACUCAAGCUCAAACUCCCCUGUGGCCGGACUGGAAGCUGUUGAUAAAAAAGACGAAGUCUGUAACGAAAAAGGUAGGAAAUCUUCGUUGCAUAAGAAGCUAAAGGGUGAUGGUGGGUGGGUCGACCAUGUUUCAUCCACAUUGGCAGUUCCGAGCAACAGGAGACUUGUUCUCGAUGUCACGGGGAGAGUGACCUUUGAGACAGUGAGGUCUUUUCUUGAAUUCCUGCUAUUGAAGCUCUACGAUGGAGCGAGGAGCAGUGUCAGUGUUGUCCGUGAAGAGGUGGUGGAGAGGGGUUUGGAAGUAGUGAGGUAUGUCAGUGCCAAGUCCAUGUCGAUAUUUACAAUGUGUCUAGCCUUGUGCUUGCAUGUGUCGAUCGGUACGAGGCUUUUGAUGCCAGCUUAAGCGGGAUGCAAUUGUCUUGCCAAGUGAGCUCCAGUUGUUGUUGUAUGUAAGAAUUCUCUCUUAUUGCUUCAAGUAGACUACAAUUCCACGUUGCAGGGAGGAAAGAAAAUUUAGUUUAUAGAGGUUACUGAUAAUUACCGUUAUCAAAAAAAAUCUGGUUGUCCACAUGUAUUGAAUUGCUGAUGCACAAAUGUAUUGAAUGCGCUAAAAUUUUUUGUGAUUUCUGGUCCUGAUCAUAAUAGUGUUUGUUGGGUUUUAUGGGAAAAAGGGGCUGAUGUUGUUUACACGAAAUGGGACCCUGUAUGUGUAAAUGGGCAUAUAAGUGACAAAAUUUAAGGGGACCUGACAAAAGAAAAAUUGUGCUCUAGGAGUUUCAUGAAGAUUGAUAAUACACUAUGUAUUGAACUUUGAAAGUUACUUACUAUUUGUGUUUCA